CUUACCAUUCCGGUGAACUUUCAUUGAUGAAACAUUCUUGUGCCUUACGCGAAGGCCUAUUGCGGGGCGGAGCUGCUCGAUCAUGAAAGUUCUUUGGCUGGGAACAUUUGUUUGAAGAGGCAGUGCUGCAUGGCAGGGGGCUGCAGCCGCUGGGGGCCAAAUCUGAGGAUGAGAAUAUGUAGCAUGCACAGCCUCACGUAGGCCUAAGGAUCAUGCUCGUUCUUCAACUGAACCCUCGAAAGAGUUUGACGUCUGUUUCUGCGUGAUCUCUACACGGUAACAUUUUCCGUUACAACCGGUUUGAUUGAGACAGGCAACGUCUUUCCACCACCUUCCUUGAGAUGAAUCGACCAUCAUGGCAGAAUUCGCAGCAAGCAUCAUCGGCAUUGUAUCUGCCGGCACGAAGGUAGCACUGGUGCUAUCACAGCUCGCCGCAGAUGUAGGGUCAGCUGGUCAUGAGGCGAGGAUGAUUGGUGGUGAGAUUCGAUCAUUUUGCUCAGUAUUGAAAACGCUCGACGAAACGAUAGAGACCAUCGAAAAGUCGCCUUGCUACGCCCAUUGUUCCGAGUUGAUCAAGGACAUGACAGACGAUAGUCUGCAGAUGUUCACAGAGAUUCUCAAUGCAGUGGACAAGCUGAAAAAGAUGACAGCGGGAAGAGAAGGCAAGGAUGGCAACUUUGGAUUUGUUGAGCGAGUCCAAUGGGCAGUAUUCAAGAAGCCGAAGCUACUGGUCUUGCGAGCGGCAAUCGAGGCUUACAAGACAAAUUUAACACUGAUGUUGACCACCUUGAGUACAGCCGAGAGGGCUACACGGCGAAUAUCCACACGCAAGGACGCAGUUGCUCUCGCUCAAGAUAGGCAGGAUCGGUCACUGCUCGAAAGCCUCGAAUUGGAUCGCGAAGCAACCAUGAUCGAGCUUGCGCAAGCCGAACGCCAUUACGAGGAAGCCAUGAGCCCACACCCUGCAGAGUCCUCAACAAGAGGGGUUGAUACCGCCCCAAACAACGGUCCACCGUCUUGCGAUGCUGUUGUAUCGAACAUAGAUCUAGGGAACACUGGAUUGAUGAGCUCAGUUCGCAAUGAGAUCCAGUCCAUAAGAUCUAGCCUUUCAAGGAACGCGGAAACCGACAACGAAGCCCUGCAAGCAAGAAUCGUUCGCCAUAGCAAGCGGAUCUCCAGCAUGCUAGAAGAUGAUCAGAAAAGACUGUCACAGCGCUGGUCGCAGACACUGCGGGAAGAUUCAAAGAUCGUCUCAGAAGAAACAUCGUUGGAGCCGCUUUACAUCGUUGCUUGUCAGCACCCACUGAAAGCACCAGAUCAGGAUGCCGGAUCAGCAACAGGCUCGGUGGAAACUGAUGCCUCAACAGCAAUUGCCCUGAACAGACCGCAUGACAGGAACGAGGAAUUCUUGGAAUUCGAUCCACGCACGAUUGCGCUUUAUACAUCUUUCAUAUCCUGGAUCAUCCAGCUCGACGCACCAUCGCAGCAGAAAGUACUCCGCACUUUAAAACAGGAUAUUGAUAGGUGGGCGGGUGGUCUAGAAACUCAUCGCAACACUGCAACUGCAAAUGAUGCAGGCCAAUCAUCGCCUUCAAACGGAAGGACCGCCUCUUCCACUGAUACAAAAUUUGAUGCGAAAGCGGAACAUGUCCUGAACUUGGUUGAAAAUCAGAUGCUCGCCUGGAGUAAGCCAGCCAUUAGCAAACAAGAAUGUGCUCCACAGUUUGCGAUCUCCCACGAUGUCCGUGGUGCUACUAUCGAUCUUGGUCGCCAGCAUAUCAUCAACCUUCCAGAAAAGACUCUCGACAUUAUAGGCGCGAAGGUGGUUAAGUUGGUCUUGCGGUCGAACCUGCUGGUCAACCUCCCUCAGAAUCUAGUCGUGUGCAGGCGACUACGACACCUCGACUUAUCGUACAAUAGUUUUGUCACCAUACCGGAUGUGGUGAAGCAGCUGCCACUGCUUGAAAUUUUGAAUAUGCGCAGGAACAAACUCUGUUUGAUCCCGCCCGAGGUUGCUCAGAUGCCGCAACUGAAGGUUCUGUCAGUUGCUAAGAACAACAUCUCGACACUUCCAUCUUUCCUGGGACACGCACCAAACCUAGUCAUCCUGUACGCAGAAGGAAACCCUAUCGAGUACCCUACCAGGGAUCAGAUAGAUCAUGCGUUUCCUACGAAGAAGGACUCUGACUCAGAAGCAAAAUCUUGGACAAGUAGCCUGAAGAGUACUUUGCGACGGCUGCAUCAGUACGAUACGAGUCAAGCAGCAGCUUCAAGUAUCACUUCUGAGACAUCCCUUCUACCUUCACCUAUCGGAAGCAUGUCAGGUCCCCUGCUGUCCCCCAGAUCGAACGUUUCCAUGUCCACAAUGAGUAUCGACCGCCAAACCGACAUCUCUCACACAGCUUCUCAGAGAAUUCGCAAGGCAACUGCUUUACCAGUAUUGCAAUACGUCCGACUGGCCAACACCAACGCCAGUUUCCUGCUAGACCGAAGCCAGAGACCACCAGGGAAGAAGGCUUUUGCACUUGGUCCCACGACGCCGACCAAAGAUGUGGGGAUGUUACUGGAUGUACCUCAGAGUGAGCCACUAUCACCAGCGUCUGUUAACACCGAUUUGUCUACUGUGUCAACGCCUCGGCAAGAUGCACUUGCUAGACUGACGGGCCUUAAUCAGGACUCAAGUCUGUCUCAUUUAGCUUCUGCGUCUUUGCCGUUACUUUCAUCCGUUGAUCAGGCGUCUACACUGCCUAAGAUUCGCGUCUCGAAACACCGCAGGUCUCAGUCGGAGCAUACCUUGACUAUUACCAAACCUGGUGUCCCUCCAACGGAUCACAAUGCAUCACGCAGGCGCCCAGUUCACGAACUACCCAGGGACAAGAAGCAAACUGACUUCGAAAGAUCCUGGGACUCUGUGUAUGAUACCUCUGGUGAUGAUUCUGACGACGAGGGGUCAUCAAUGUGGUGGAAGUCCAUCGGUAACAUCUCGCCUCAACCUUAUCGCAGAUUAGAGCAUAUUUUGUCGCGCACAAAAUCGAGGCGUCACCUGGCUGCGCUGGAGCCGUUCGGAAGCCCAGACAUUUUACCGCAUCGGAGGCCACUGGAUUUGAGCAGUCUUGAUCGUCCGGAUACUGAUGAUUCAGCUCAUCGCGAUGCCCUGGUGGCACGCACAUAA